AACAUAUAUAUCAGCAGUGAAAUAUAUCAUGCUUUGGAGUCUACGGGUCCAAUUAUCCUGGCAAUUACUCCUACGGCCAUUGCAACGAGCACAGUCGCAUAUGAGAAAGAAGACAAAGAGGGCAAUGACCACGAGCCUUAUCCACACACCACCUCUCCACCUCAAUCCAAAGCCGCAAAGCCCGCGUGGGUCAACCCCAGCACCGCAGCCCUACUCUGCUUUGACUUCCUAGCCUCUACGUUUUUCGUAUGGUGCUGGGUCAUGGGCUGGUUUUCGUGGCUGAGGGGAGAUCAAGACCAUGCUUCUGUGAUGGGACAGGCUCGGGGGCAAGCAUAUAGAGUGGGAGAAGCAAGAGACUCGGGUAUGCAAGUGUUGGCGAACCAGAAUGUAGAGCAGGAAAUGAGAAGGUUGGGUAUGGUAUGA